CACCAACCCGAAACCAUAAACUGUGGUCAAAAGUUGCUACAUUCUGUAAAAUAGUAAAUUUCCCUAAAAGAAAAAGUUGAGAGAGGGUCAUUUAGCUUACAUCGCCGGUUUGUCCCGGGCAGUCUCCCUCGGCUAACUUCAUCGUCCUUCUUUACUCUUCUCUUCUUCUGACACACUUAAUCUUGGACCAAAUGUUAACCUUUCUUCGCUACAAACUUCACCAUUCUUCUUUUUCCUCUUCUUGUAUUCCUUCCUCAAAACUCCAACCUCUUCAGACUUUACUCAAAAGAGGGUUCACUCCCACCGUCGAAUCCAUUAAUCAAUUUCUCAUCUUCCUAUCCCAAUCUCGUAAACUCAAUUUAAUCAUCCACUUUUUCUCUCAAUUGAGCUCCAACCAAAUUAAGGGAAACUCCCAUACAAAUUCCAUUUUUACACGCGCUCUUCUAAAAUUGCGGAGGUUUGAAGAAGCAGAGCAGUUCCUGAGGACCCAAAUGUUAGAAAGUUUCAAUUCUUCGACAAAUACCCUGUGGGACUCUCUCAUCCGUGGCCUAUGCAUUGAUCACGAGGACCCAGAAAGAGCAUUGUUGGUGUUACGGGAUUGCUUGAAAAACAGAGGUAUUUUGCCUUCUUCUUUCACAUUUUGUUCAUUGAUUUACCGAUUUAGCUCCCGUGGUGAUAUGAGCAAGGCGAUUGAGGUCUUGGAGUUUAUGACAGAUGUGAAAUACCCUUUUGACAAUUUUGUCUGUAGUUCGGUUAUGGCUGGUUUUUGUAGAAUAGGGAAGCCGGAAUUCGCAGUGAGAUUUUUUGAGAAUGCUACAAAUUCUGGAGCUUUGCAGCCUAAUGUAGUGACUUAUACCACUUUAGUAGAUGCUCUUUGUAAAAUGGGUAAAGUUAAUGAGGUUUGUGAUUUAGUAUAUAGGAUGGAGAAGGAAGGAGUGGCAUUUGAUGCUGUUUUUUAUAGUAGUUGGAUUUGUGGGUUUAUUUCAGAAGGGGUUUUAUUGGAGGUAUUUCAGAAGAACAGGCAAAUGGUGCAAAAGGGAAUAAUUCCAGAUACAGUUAGUUACACUGUACUGAUAGAUGCUUUUUCGAAAUUAGGAGAUGUGGAGAAGGCAAUUGGUUUUCUUGAGAAGAUGAGGAGUGGUGGACUCCAGCCUACUUUGAUUACGUUUACUGCCAUUAUGUUGGGAUUUUGUAACAAAGGUAAAUUAGAGGAGGCGUUUGAUGUUUUGAAAAUUGUCGAUGAUUUGGGGAUUAAAGCGGAUGAAUUCAUGUAUGCAACUUUGAUUAAUGGUACUUGCAGGAUUGGAGAUUUCGAUCGUGUUUUCCAUCUACUUAAUGAGAUGGAGAAGAUAGGGAUCAGUCCAAGCAUUAUUACUUACAACACCUUGAUUAAUGGAUUGUGCAAGUUUGGAAGGACAACUGAGGCAGAUAAUGUUUCCAAGAGUAUAUCGGGAGAUUCAAUAACUUACACUACACUAUUACAUGCGUACAUGAUUGAAGAAAAUUUCAGUGGGAUAUUGGAGACAAAAAAAAGAUUUGAAGAAGAAGGUGUCUGUAUGGAUGUUGUUAUGUGCAAUGUACUUAUCAAGGCUUUGUUUAUGGUGGGAGCAUUUGAAGAUGCGUAUAUGGUUUACAAGGGAAUGCAAGAAAAGGAUUUGUUUGCUGAUUCUGUUACAUAUUGUACCUUGAUUCAGGGAUAUUGUAAAGUAGGAAGAAUUGAUGAGGCAGUAGAAAUAUUUGAUGAGUUUAGGAGCACGGCAAUUUCUUCAGUUGCCUGCUAUAAUUGUCUUAUCAGUGAACUCUGCAGUCGGGGUGUAGUUGAUAUGGCCACUAAGGUGUUUAUUGAACUCAAUGAGAAGAAUCUGCCAUUGGAUGCAGGUAUAUGUACAAUGUUAAUUAAAGAAAUCAUAGAAAGGAAUGGAGCAGAAAAGAUUUCAAAUUUACUUUACAGGAUGGAGAACAUGGGUUCAGAUGUGUAUGAUAUUUUAUGCGACACUGUGAUCAGUGUCCUGUGCAAGAGAUGUUAUCCUGAGGCUGCACUUGAAGUGUUCACAAUAAUGAAAAGGAAAGGAUUAACUUUAACAAGCAAAUCUUACUAUUUACUUAUAAAAGGGCUACUUGUAGUUGGAAAUAAGGAGAUAAUUUUAGCUCUUUUAAAUAGCUUUUUGAAAGAAUAUGGUGUUAGUGAACCUCGGGUUAACAAAGUUUUAGCGCAUUAUCUAUGUCUGAAAGAUGUUGAUAUUGCCCUUUUAUUUUUAGAAAAAACAAAAUACAAUUGUGCAACUAUCACUUUGCCACGAAUUCUUUUCAAGGAACUUAUAAGAGAUGGAAGAGUUUUAGAUUUGUAUCAACUUAUAACAGAGGCUCAGAACAAUCUACCUGCAAUGGAUAUCUUUGAUUAUACAUACGUUGUUAACAACCUAUGCAGGGAAGGACAUAUCAGUGAGGCACUUGAUCUUUUUGGUUUUGCUAAGAGAAAGGGGAUUACUCUAAAUAUUGUAUCUUACAAUUCAGUUAUUGGUGCACUAUGUCGCCAAGGUUGCCUUGUUGAAGCAUUUCGCCUAUUUGACUCGUUAGAGAGGAUUGAUUUAUUUCCAUCUGAAGUGACAUUUGCUAUUCUAAUUGGUGCUUUAUGUAGAGAGGGAUUUCUAGAAGAUAGCAUGCAGUUGUUCAAGAGGAUGGUCCUUAUGGGCUUUCAACCUAAUAUCCGUGUGUAUAACUCAGUUAUUUAUGGUUAUUGCAAAAUUGGUCAAAUAGAGGAAGCCCUAAAGCUGCUUUAUGAUUCUGAGUCCAAAGGCCUUAAGCCUGAUGGAUUUACAGUUAGUGCACUAAUCCAUGGUUAUUGCCAUAAUGGUGAUAUGGAAGGUGCUCUCGAAUACCUUUUCGAGUGCAAGAAGAAAGAUGUAUUACCUGAUUUCUUGGGUUUUGUGUAUUUGAUAAGAGGUCUAUGUGCCAAAGGAAGGAUGGAAGAAAGCAGGAGUAUCAUCAGAGAAAUGCUUCAAACCCAGUCUAUAAUCGAGCUGAUAAACAAAGUUGACACUGAGGAAGAAACAGAAUCUGUAGAAACUAUGCUCAUCUACUUAUGUGAGCAAGGAAGUAUAGAAGAAGCACUUACUUUGCUUAAUGAAGUUGCGUCCAUACUUUAUCCAUCUCAGAUGUGUAGUACAUAUUUCAGUGAAUCACCUAUACAACAACCACAUUAUGAACGGGAUGAUUCUGACCUGUCAAAGUCAGUAACUGUCCCUGAAGGAAAUGAUUUGCUCAUUGGAUCAUUCAGUACAAAGGGAAAGAAAAUAGUGAAAGAUCAUGAUCUUUUAGGAAGAUAUCAGUUUCAUAAUUUCGACAAUUACUACUCGAAAAUUGCUUCUCUUUGUUCAAAAGGGGAGCUGCAGAAAGCUAGUAAUUUAGCAAAGGAAAUACUUGCAAAGUAAGAAGACUAAUAGUAGAAUGAGUCUUUGGCUAGUUUAAUCAAUGGUGGAGCUCCUUUCCCAUAAUGUGAAUUGCUUGUGACUACUUCUUCAAGAAUGAAAGUUUGGUGGUGAUAAAGCAGCUCUUUAUGAUUAAACUGACAGCAGCAGGAGGUAUAUGCUGUUGUUCUAGUAGAAUCCAGUAAAGAUAACCAAAGCUGAAGAGCUUGCUACCCGGGUGAAGUUUUACCUGAUUCCUAUGGGGUAUGCUUUGGCCAGAACACACAAACUUUUGUUCCUCAGAGUUGUGCAAUGGGAAGUGCGGCAUCUAUGGCGGUUGGAGGCUUUGAUUUCGACGACGAUAGUCGCUGCUUCCCUUUUAAGCCGAUGUCGUGGAGCUGAAAUUUCUCGCCCUGGGUCACGUCCAUGGCCAAGGCUUACCUCAAGCACAUGUCUAUCGCUAAGUAUGAUUUCACUCACCUUGCUAAGUCCUUCCAUGGAUUUAAAGAGCUCGUCCUGGUUUGCUGCGAUGGUUUUGGGACUUAUGGCCAAUAAUUGCAAGCUGUAAGAAAAGCGAAGUUGGGAUAUGAUCCUCUGGAAGUGAAUCAUGAGGAUAUGGUUCGUGACGCAAUGGAAAACCCUCAAGUAAGAGUUAAGUGGUGGUUUUUUUUUUUUUUUUUUUUUUUUUUUUUUUUUUGUGUGUGUUGUUCCAUUACACAAUCUCUAGUGAUUGUUGGUAUUUUCUUAUCAUUAUCGUUUUCUUUCAAUCCAUUUGUCUUGAAUAAGAGAUUUUAGUUUAGAUUUUUGGCUGUCUUUUCUUUCAAAUGUUCUCUCAGACAAUAAGUGAUGGAUUUGCUUACUUAGAUUUUGAGCCUUUGGUUCCUCUUUUCUAUAUUUCAACUCUGAUCUUAAAACUCUAACUGUGAUCUUUUUGCAUAAGGAAUCUGCCCCAGUUGCUUUUUAGAUUUUUGGGGAAUGGAUAUUGAAGCCAUUCAGUUUUGGAUCUAAAGGCUGAUGCUAAUCUAAAUGUAACUAAUAUGUUGGGGGAGGGAGGUUUUGGACCUGUACGUAAGGUAUUUAGUUUUAUUAAUCAAUUUCAUAACAACUUGUAGGCUAAACAUUUUCAUUUGUUGAUCAGCCCAGCUGAGAUACUUUGGGAUAAAAUCAGAUUGUGAACUGCGACUUGGGUUUAUAGAACAAAACAUUUCGAGGACCUCUCUUUCCUAGAUUUGUGUCGAGAGUGGAAUACACUGAUGUAGUAGAUCUAGAAGAGAGUUUUUCCUUUUUUGUAUGUCUUUUAUUGAUAUGGGCAUUUCUCUAUGUCGUCUUUUA